AUGGGCAGCAUUGUACAUGAGGCACCUUUGGCCACGAGGGUCGACUUCAAGCUCCCUGAUGCUAAAACGCCGCUCUGGAUUGAUGUCGACUCUUCCAACGAGAGACCCGUCUACAACGUAGGGCAAGGAGACUCACCUGUGACGCGUUGGGUCACUAGUGCAACAAGAACGAGGGUGUCGCCGUCCAUGGUGAACGACGACAGGGCUGAGUUUGAAGAGCUACUCCAAUUCGAGCCUGUCGCCCGUGCUACGGCAAGAAUUGGUGCCAACACCGAGGAUGAAGAUAUUGCACUUCUAUGGGUAUCUGUGUACGCUCUUUGGCUUCACCCGCAGCACAGAGACAAGGAUUUGAUUGCCAUCUCGCUCGACAAUGAACGCCUUGGUCAGUACGUGCGCUGUACUGGCCUGGGUGUGACCUCGCCUUAUUCGGCAGGAACCUCGACCACGACCAUCACCCCCAAGGAGAAUAUCCUGUGGCUGCACCGAGAGGCUUUUUGGCAGGGCGCAGGCGCGCCAGACUCGCAAUCGUGGCUUCAAUUGCGUCCCGAAAUCACCCUUUUCCCUGGGUUCAAUGGCACGGCAGGCAGUUUUGCCAGCCAGAUGGGCUUCACGCGGAAAGGCAACGUCUGUACGGUUCACCCGGUGCGACCCCCAAAGCCUGCGCCAGGCACCGUUGUCUACUCGAGGUUCAUCGUCGAGCUUGGACAGCAACUGCAGAUUAUCCAUAUUGACGCCAGCAACCCGCUUCACUUUCAGACAUAUGCACGCUGGCAGAACUCGGACCGCGUCAACCUGGGAUGGAAGGAGCGUGGUCCCGACGAGCAUCAUCGCAAGUAUUUGGCAUCUCAACUAGCCGAUCCGCACACCAUGUCGUGCGUUUUCGCCUGGGACGGCGAGCUUGCCGGCUACACAGAGAUUGGGUUCGCCAAGGAAGACAAUGUGGCGUGCUUUGUUGGGUCCAACUGCAACAUUGUGCUUGGUGAGCACGACCAGAACAGCCACAUCUUGGUGGGCGAGGAGCACUUCCGCGGUGGGAAGCGGUACCAGGCAGUGAGCACAUCCAUCAAGCAUUGCUGCUUCCUACGUGACCCGCGCACAAAGCAGGUUGUGGCCGAGCCAAGGCACGACCUGAGCAAUGUCAAGAUUCAGGAACGAUUCAUGCCACAGGAAAAGAAGAGGCGCUUCCAUCUGCCGCACAAGACAGCCGUGCUGUUUGCCUUGCAGCGCGAUCGCUUCUUCCAGGAGGGCCACUUUGUCUAG